UGAGAAUUAUGCAGCAUAAUCGUGAGGCUUUCACGAGAAAAGUACGUACAAUGGCAGGAUAUGAACCCAGAUUCCGCGUGGUCAUCGUGGGCGGUUCAAUCGCCGGACUCACCCUUGCACACUGUCUGUUGAGGAACAACAUCGACUUUGUUGUGUUGGAGUCCCAUGUCGAUAUUGCGCCACAGGUCGGUGCCUCCAUCGGUAUUCUCCCGAACGGCGCGCGGAUUCUGGACCAACUCGGCCUUUACGAUGAUGUUCUAAAUGAAGUCGAGCCCCUUCGGACCUCCUUCAUCUGGGCAGAUUCUGCCAAGUGCAUUACAACGUCGAAUUCGCCCGCCAUCCUUCACGAGAGACACGGCUAUCCCACCGCAUUCUUGGAUCGCCAGAUUCUGCUCGAGAUCUUGUAUGAGGGUCUUGCGGACCACAAAUCCCGUGUUAUGGUGAAUAGGAAAGUCGCCAAGGUAGAGCAUCUUCCUGGAAAAGUUGUGGUUUAUUGUGAAGACCAGUCCGUCUACGAGGGUGAUGUGGUCGUCGGAGCCGAUGGAGUACGGAGUACAGUAAGACGGCAGAUGUGGAACUACAUGGAGUCUCGAGGUAUGAAACAGGACGCUCAGGAGGAACGGAAUUUGAUGACGUCCGAGUACAAUUGCGUGUUCGGGAUAUCCACGGCCACCCCGGGGCUGACUCCGGGACAUGCUCAUCGAACCUUUGCAGAGCACUAUUCGAUCCUGACAAUCGUAGGUAAGGAGGGACGUAUCUUCUGGUUUUUCUUCACAAAGAUGGACCGAGUGUACUCCGCAUCUCAGAUCCCCAGGCUCAGCCAGACUGAAAUCGACGACCAUAUCGCCCCGUAUCUGCACAAACCCAUCACAUCAGAGGUGCCUCUCUCCGAGGUUAACAAGAGAUCGAUUGUGAGAACAUUUGUAUCGUUGGAGGAGGCAUUCUACAAGCAUUGGUGUGUGGACCGAUAUGUUUGUAUCGGUGACUCGGCUCAUAAGAUGACGCCCAACAUGGGCCAGGGAGGGAACAGCGCUAUCGAGAGUGCUGCAUCUCUUGCAAACAGCCUCGCUGUGCUAGCCCGUGACUCUGCUCAUGUAAAGAUUGACGUUCAAGACAUUCACCGUUGCUUGCAAGCAUGGCAGAAGCCCCGUCAAGAGCGCGUGGACAAGAUUUGGUUGUCGGCUCAUGAAUUAACUCGGCUAGAGGCUUUGGAAGGUCCGAAGCAGAAGCUAAUCGGGCUGUAUCUCCUUCCAUAUCUCAGCCAAUACCUGGUCGAUAAAACGUCGGCUACGAUUGUCGGAGCGGCCAAACUCGAUUGUGCACCUCUACCGCGAAAGUCAUUGGACUGCUCAAUGCCGUAUUUGAAUGGAGACGACCAUGCUUUGGGCAAGACAGACAACCCGUGGACGCGUGUUCUUUCCACUGCUCCCUUGCUCGGCUGCUACGCUGCUGCCAGAAUGACGAUGGGGACAUUGAUCACCCGUGUACGGCUCUUCAUGCUGCCUCUGUUUGCUGAAGGUGUAUGGACCACAGGCAAUGGGGAGGUCUUUAGUCUGACCAGACCGAUCUAUCAUGUUCCGUUUCUGGACAAUCUCUUCCGCCCUUUGAUUACAUGCUUCCUGCCCUCUAUCAGCGGGUCUGAUCCUCAAUCCCGCAUCCAAAUGCUGUCUUUCAUGACCGACCUUGGUCCCAUAUAUGGGAUCUGGUUGUUGGAAAGCUACCGCAAGGCCCAUUCCUGGGCAGAGCUUCUACUUCCGAUUGAUGCCGGAAUGGCCUUUCAGCUGAAAGGGAUCGGCAAACUGGCGCCCAUAUACUACGCCUUGGAGCACAUCCGCACACCUCUUGCCAAGCUUCUACCUGGGGCGAAGCAUCAGGUGGAGUCCGAGACCUCAAUUUCUCUCCUCCUGGCCAUGUUCGCGGGUUACUACCUGCCGACGGUUGCGAAUUUCGUAGCUCCGACCAUUGAAUCGCGCGGCUUCUACAACGCAGUGUGGCAAUUGUUCCCGGUUGUCGUACCCCUCUUGCAGAUUCCUCUGCAUUUCCUAGCUAAGCACCUUCUGGCAACUGAACAAAAGGAGUCAAAACAGGACACGCGGAAGAUGAAUAUGCGCUAUGUCCGGUACGCGUAUGGGACAUUUGCCCUGGUCUCUAGUCUCUCGUUUAUCCAUGCACGGUUCUCCGUGCCAGCUGGCGCGUCGUUUGCCAGAGUGUUCUUGCCCGGGUUGAGAGACCAUCUGGAGCCAGUCAAAUCGUUCGCCGGAGGAAUCGGGCGGUUUCUCCAGUAUGACGAGGUGAUCUCGAUGGCCAGUGGAUUCAUUUGGCUUGGGCUGAAGUUUGGAGAGCUGAAGAAGGCGGGGGCUUCCUUCUCAGGGGGGAAGGCUAUUGGUGGGCUGGUGGGAAUGACCUGCGCUUUUGGUCCCGGGGCUGCAUUUGCGCUUGGUUGGGGGUGGAGGGAAGAGAUGCUGGAUAGCCUGGCAGGGGAGGACGAGUAAAGGUCAGAUGAAGAUUCGGCUGGGUAUUACAGAAUUGGCUUUGAGCAAGCAGACCAACACUAUUGGUGCCUCAUCACGCCACCUCAAUAACAAAGACAGAAAUUCAACAUUCUGUACGAAGCCGCAAAAGCAGCUUAGGCAUCUCACACUCUUUUCUUUAUGCCGGUUCACCGCUGUGGCGCUAGCGCUUGAGAAAUUGUCCUUGACAGGGGCGGGACCGCCUUUAUAUAUUCAUUUCCGUAAAGAAUCUGGGAUGUAACCUUCGCCAGGGAAACCUAAUGGGCCAAAUUCCA